AAGUAAUAGGCUACUACUAGAAUAAGAAUAACCUAAAUAUUAACAAACUUAAGUUUUCUUAUGAGGUGUUUCUUACUUUGUAAAUUUACUUUCAUUUAGCUUGAAUGAUAACCAAUAUUUUGGGAAUUUAGAGAUGCAGCCAACUAACAAUCAGGUGAUGCGACAACGUCAGCGUUUCACUCGCUUUACAUGUCAGAUCUGUGAUAAGGUUUUCGCCACACAGGAAACACUCAACCAGCACAUUGCUACCCACCGGACUCCUGGCAAACUUCCCUUCAGAUGUAACCUGUGUAACGCCCAGUACCCGACGAGGAUGGGACUGGAUCAACACAAGUUGACGUAUCACCGUGGUGGAGGUGGGAAUGCAGGUUGCGGUCAGGGAUCUGAGAUGGUCGCUCCAGUGGUAGAUCUCAACCAGCCAGGUGUCAUCGACAAGUUGACUGCCCUCGGCAUUCGCCACUGUGUCGUCCUCAACCAGAUCGGAGAACAACCUGCUGGUAUCUUCGGGCUACCGAUCGUGUCCAUUGAUGGGGCACGUAACCCUGCACAGAGCAACUCUGGUCGUGGACCCCCUAGCACUUUAUCUCUUGGCCCACCCAAGCCCAUACGAUAGAUCUGCUACUGAAACAAGUUACUGAUUGUUCUAUAAGACUGAACAAUAUAAGAAUCUUAAAAUGAUAAUAGAUAUAGUUAUGAAAUCUUUGCUUGAGUACAGCCAGUAAGCACCCCUACUAGGAUAUGCUGGUGCUGAUUUUUACCUUGUUUUUAUAACUGAAUGUCUUAAUGUUCUAAAUUUAUUUAUAUAGGUUAGUUUCAUUUUAAUGACUUUACAUUGUCUUUUUUUAUUAUAUAAUGCUAUUAUCAUAUGUGAUUUUUUUCAUGGAAGUAAUGAACCGAUUUAAAAAAAUAUUUUACUGAAUUAAUUGUAGUUCUAUAAUUUUAAAGGUCAGUAAGUGUCAAGUGUUCACUCCACAUCAAGUUAGAUGGCUGAAGUUAGUUAGUGAUAGUGUUAUGUAGUAGCUCAAUGUACUGUAAGUAUGUAACAAGCUCAUUAUUGUAUGUAUACAGUUUGACAAUUUCUAAAAUGUGAUGCAAAGGAAAAAUAGCAAAGAACACAUGGUACUUUUCUGGAUGUUGUGUCUGUUGUAAGAAUAAACAUACAGUAAUCUUUAUCAGUAGAAUAAGUUGGUCUGGGGUUUUAAUUCAAUUAGGGUAGAAAUAGGGAAAACUGAAGAGGUUCCCAAGGGGGUAAAAUUACCAGAGUUUGAAAGAACAGAGGUUUCUUUCUUAGAGAAAGUGUGUGUUGUAAGAAUAAGUAAGUCAGAAUGACUUGUAUCAUGAAAAUGUGUGUUUAUCCUCCUAAAUGAUUCUACCCCUAUCUAAUAAUGCUAAAAUCUUCAAAAUGUUGACAAGGGAGUAUGUUUCCGAAGUGGAUUAACAAUAAAUAACUGUUAGUUGAAUACAGUAUAAAUAAAAUUUACUCUGUCCCUAUCUACUAGUAAAGAUUCACUUUCGCUCAGCCACUUCCGGGAAACAAAUAAUAUUUACUCUUUUCAUAUCUAAUUGUGAUUAUUCGCUUACGCCAUUUCCGGGGAACACAAAUAAAAUAUACUCUUUUCAUAUCUAAUUGUGAUUAUUCGCAUACGCCCAGCCAUUUCCGAGGAACACAAAUAAAAUUUACUCUUUUCAUAUCUAAUAUUGUGAUGAUUAGCUUAGUCAUUUUCUUGUAAAACACAUAAAAUUUACUCUUUUCAUAUUUAAUUGUGAUGAUUUGCUUACGCUCAGCUAUUUCCAGGGAACACAAAUAAAAUGUACUCUUUUUAUAUGUUAUUGUGACGAUUCACUUACGCUCAGCUAUUUCCUGGGAGCACAAAAAUUUAAUCUGUCCCUAUCUACUAGUGAUUGCUAACCCUCAGCCAAAUCUCGUUCAGUACUGGCUGAACUACAUUUUUGUUUGUUUACUACAUUAGUAAAUAGUAACAGAAGAAAAUGUAAUUUUUAGCCAAACAUUAUCGUAAUUCACCUUAUGAACAUAUAGUAAAAAUGUAAAGGAUGAGACAUUAGUAGAUAAGGCUUAACACCCUGGUUAACUGGAACAUCCUGGAAGACACAACUCUUAAAUAACAAACAUUUUCAAGAUACAUAUCACUUCGACCAAACUAUUCUCAUAUAAGAUGUAACUCCUUCAAGGAAACAGUCCUGUGUUCUUUCAACCUCCGGUAGUUUCAACCAUCUCCAAAGAGCCUCUCCGGUUUUACUGAUUUUUUGCUGAAAUUUUACUGAUAAGAUUGCUCUCUAUUUAUUUUCAUAGCACAGAAACAACAUUCUUCUGAAAAGAACCACUUGUGUUUAACCCCCGGUAACAUUAACCAUCCUCCAGAAUUUCCUGGUAUGACCAGAUAAUCUCCUUCGUAAAUGAAGCCCCCUGAUCAACUUAAUCAGCUGAUUAAAGAUUAAGUACUCUUCAGGUAAUAAAAACACCUUAUCUAACCCUCUGUGUUGCAGACUACUUAGUACACAGAGUCUAAUCAACUUCCUAGUAUGCUAGAAAAUAACUAUUUGGUACAAUUGUAGCAUAGACGGUGAAAUUGCAUUUCAGAAAAUAUCUGAAAGCUGGUCAGUUUUCAUUUUUACUUAUUCUAACCAAUUUACAAUGUCUGACCAGUGCAGUCUUUUCUCCCAAGCUCUGGAGUGGGCAAACCAGAGGACAUAGCUCAAAUCUGAGGGCAUAAUCGUUUUUAAUUUCCUACAAAAAAGGUCUAGUACCUUUUUAAUUGUACCUCCAACGGUUAAGCCACAAAACGCCUUUAAUACCAAAAAUUUGGUUAAAUCUAGAAAACUAAACAAACUAUGGUCAACUAUUCGUCUCUGAAUUCAACUUAUCACCUAAAUCCUUUUACCCCUGAUUUUGCAAACACUGAAAUAGGUGUUAUGGUACACAUCCUGUACUGACAACACCACAUGUGUACAUUCAUUUUAUUGUAGAAUUCUUUGAUAUUUAAUAAUAAUUAUGGUUUUGAAAUUUUUUAUUUAGGAAUUCUAAGAAUAUCAAGUGACAGAUUUUCAAAAUUAGUUCUCAAAGUAUACUAGUUUUCUCAAUAUAUUUCCGAUUGAUUUUCAGCAAGCAAAACCCAGCUUAUUCAGAUUAUCAACAGUUUCAUCCAUUGGACAGGAUUUGGAACUUGUGAGAUCUUUUCUUUAUAUUAUCAUAAUUUAUUGGCUUGGUGAAGUUUUAAUUUUAUCACAUAAUAUAAUAUGGAUUUGUCAACAUUAUGAGAAUGGCUCUGACAGCACUCAUGAUGGAAACAUGGAGUUGUGUUAAUAUUACUGAUAACCUUGAUAACUUUAAUAACACUGAGUUGCCAGAUUUAGCAGGAGCAUAUACCAUCACUAGUGUCACGAGGCGGAUUGAACUACUAGUACUGGUGAUGCUAUGAUAGUGUCAUAGUGCUUUGUAUGUAGAAAAAUUGUAUUUAUUAAAAUAUUUUAUAUUCAGCAAUUAUGCUAAAUUAAUACAAUAAACUACAAAAAGAGUUUGUUACUAGAUGUGUUAUUUCCCUAUUUUAGGCAUGGCUUGAAUGUGUUAAUAUUAAGUGAAACGUAUUAUAUUUAUUAUAUUUUAUGCGACGAGAUAAGCAUUUUUAAUUAUAUUAUAUUGUCUAAAAUCCUGAUAUAUUUAUUGGAUCUGUUCUGAAAAUAAUAAGAGUUAUAAAUAAACAGGCAGAAAGACUGAUUAAUUUUGAUUUGGUUACUGUUUAUUAAGAUAUUUGAUUGAAAUGACCUUCUAUGUAUGAUAACUACUUGAUCUAAUUAAAAAAUUUUCUUCUACACAACCCAGCUAUGGUGGGAAGGGUCGACUCAAUGCGAAUGUUGAGUUUAGCUCCAGGUCAUCUUCCUCUUACGUGCAGUAUCUGAAAUCUGAUGCUCGAAAAUCUGGUUAUGUUCGUCAGAAGGUAUCCAAAAAUGAUGAUGGUGACGAAGAGGCUCAAAACGAAUUCUUUGCAUUGUUUCGACAUCAUAGACACCUAGACUACAGAAUGUAGUGCAAUCUAGGUUAGGAGGUAUUCUCAUUAUCUCAUCAGGUGAUUGAUCAAUUGAGACAAUGAGAUAGAUUUCAGAUGCUGAACAUAAGAGGAAGGGUGAGUGAGCUACACUCAACAUUUGUAUAAACAAUUAUGUUAUAACCUCUAGAGUAAUGUUGAGGAGGUUGUCAUGUUAGAGCAGAAGGAGCAAAAAAAAUCCCAUUCCUGGCCUCCUCUGGAAAUGUUAACCGGGUGCACAAAACUCACAUAUAGAAACUGUGACUUAUAUUGUCAUAUUUAUUUAAACCAUUGAAAAAUAAGUUGCUGUUACACAAAUUAUUUGUCCAUCAUCUUUAAUACAACUUAUAUUGUAGGGCAUAUACAGGAAACCAGGGCCUAUAGUUUUCAGCGAACCUGGCAAAGUACGAUAACACAAAUAUUGUUGUAGUUAAACUUAUACAUUAAACGUUCAGCAUAAAAUUUCUACCUUAUGUUUAACAUUCUUUAUUCUGAAUCCCUUCACACAAACCUAUAAUACUUAUCCCAAUUAUGCUGUAGUACAUCUCAUAUUGUGAUUUAAAAAUAUUUUGUUAUUAAUUUAUAAUACUUUAAUUUGUUCUAACACACCAAGACAGUAUUUAUUGAAAAUAUAUUUUUGAUUAAAUUAUUUAUUAGGAGGUCGACCUUGAAUUCUAAAUACUUAGUGUUAAACUUUCUCCCAUAAUUGUAGUAAUGGGCUUGUCUGUUGAUGUUAACUCUGCUAUAUAAAUGUAACAGCAAGUGCACAAAAAACAAACUUACAAAGAAAAUGGCAAUUGGUAUCAAUUUUUGAAGUUUUUUGUAUAUUACUCGAUACUCAUCCUCGAUGCUGUACCAAACUUCAGAGUUUGAGUAGAAACUUGAUUUCAAAGAUGAGUCUGUAGAACUUCUUCUUCUUCAUUGGAAAAAUGUCUCUGGUGUAUUUGUAUUAUAGAAUAUGUAUGCCCAUUGUAUUGCUUUUGUCUCAUCUUUUGGGAGGUAUUCUUUAAAAUAAACUUGAAAUUUGGAUAAAUGGUUAAUGAACAGACUUUUCAAUUAUCUUUUAAUACCAAUACAUUUUCUUAUAGUCGUUCAAAGAAGAAAGUAUCUUACCUUGCCAAAUUGUUCUAUAAUAGUAGACGCUCACAGACAUCUUGUAUUUGGUUCUAGUGUUGUUGACAUGCCAUUAUUAAGUAAUGUUUUUGAGUAAAUCAUGGCAAGCAUAUUAUAUUAAAAGUACAAGUAAGCAUAGUAAAAUAGUAACUUUUCUUCCUUACUUAGCAAGACAGGCAGGGCACACUUUGUGCUUGGCAGCAUACUCUUUCAAGGUUACACUCUGCUUCACACUAUUUAAUGUAACAAUCCAGUAGUUAUUAUGUAUUGAAGGAGUAUGAUGUUCAUUGCAGUAUUAACUAGUAUAUUAAUAUAUGACUUCACAUGGUCCACUGCUAAUCCUUAUUUCAGUAUACCUAUUAUUGGAUAUAAGUUAAACUGUUUUGAUCUAAUUUGUAAUUGUUAAGCAUUUAUAAUUAUAUUAAAUGUCUAGAGUGUUGCCAAUAAUUUACUGCCAUCUAGGUUGUAAUCUUAAAUGUCUGCAGAAUCUGAAAUGUAGUUAAAUGUAUAGUUUUUGUGCUAUUUUGUUAUUUGUAUAUAAAUUUAUAGAGAAUAAUUUGGAGUUACAUCUACCCAUAGUUGUUUGUGCAAAAUAAUUGACUAGCAAUUAUAACAAUUUGGUCUCUUUUAUUAAGAUUGUGUAAUAUCUACAAAUUAUUGAAUUGUAUAACUGUAAUUGUAUGUUGAUGAUGAAUAUAAAUGUUCCUGGUUUUUA